AUGGAUUGCAGCUUGUUCAGCGGGGCCCCGCGGUUCCUGACCAGGCCCAAAGCCUUUAUGUUAUCCAUAGGUAAGGAUGCCACUCUGAGUUGUCAGAUCAUUGGAAAUCCCACCCCCACAGUCACCUGGGAAAAGGACAAGUUCCACAUUGAGUCAGGAGGCCGCUUCAAGAUGACAGAAGAUGGUGGCUUAUUUCAGCUCACCAUAUAUGACCUUGUGGCACAAGACAGCGGCCAAUACAUCUGCAGGGCCAUCAAUGACAUUGGUGAAUCUUUCGCAGCGGUCACCAUCAAGGUUGGAGAUGAAAAGGAGAGCACCCUAGUGGAAUGCGCGCCAUUUUUCAUUCUGAAACCAACCAACACUAGGUUGAACCUGGGCGAAGAUGCCACUUUCCGCUGCAGAGUACAGGGUCACCCACGGCCAGCCGUCAGUUGGGAAAAAGAUGGGAAGGCCUUGGGGACACCGAGCGACUCAAACCGGAUUCGCAUUGAGGCUGACGGGGACUCAAGCACUUUGAGGAUCCUCUGCAUCCGGUUUGCAGAUAGUGGGACCUAUAUCUGUUGGGCCGAGAGCCCUGUAGGCCAUACCAAGGCGUCCGCUUCACUGCUUAUCGACUCUUUCUCCAACCUCAACGCCAACAGCACCGCUGCCCUGGAACCUGCUUAUGGUAAAACAACAUCGCUUUUGUCUCACCUGCAGAAAAGGCGAGAGGAAAUACGGAGAACUGACCUUUCCAUACUUGGUUCCUAUGAAUCCAAUGCAAAUGCAACUUCCUACGGUGCUCUAGACCAACUGACCGGUCUAGGCUUGGGCUUGUCACUUGACUAUGAAAGGGCAGCUACUCUUACCCCCAAAAUAGGACGGGAUAGCGCCUACAGCGUCCUCACACGCACCUGCACGGUGACGGAGGGCAAACACGCCAAAAUGAGCUGCUUUGUCACCGGCGAGCCCAAGCCUGAGAUAGUUUGGAAAAAGGACGGAGAGGUCAUCUCGGAGGGGCGCAGGCACGUCAUCUAUGAGGAUGAGCAAGAAAACUUUGUCCUGAAAAUCUUAUUCUGCAAACAGAUCGACAACGGAUUGUACACGUGUACAGCAUCGAACCUGGCCGGUCAAACCUACAGCUCCGUGCUUGUCAUAGUGAAAGAGCCCAGAAUCCCAUUCAGAUCUAAGCUGAGAGACCUGGAAGUUCGAGAAAAGGAAUCUGCCACCUUCCAGUGCGAGGUCCCUCACACCAUCACCGAAUCAGCAUGGUACAAAGAGGAAAACAAAAUCCAACAGAGUGCCAAAUACAGCAUCGAGGAGCAGGGGACCCUCCGAAGGCUCACCAUACAGAACGUCACCACGGACGAUGACGCAGUCUACAUCUGUGAGAUGAAGGAGGGCAGCCGAACGAUUGCAGAGCUCUCUGUUCAAGGUAACAUCAUCAAGAAGCUGCCGCGGCGGACGGCGGUCCCGGUGAACGAUACGGCCAUCUUCUGCGUGGAGCUGGACGACGACUGCCAGAAGUCGAAGUGGAUGAUCAAUGGUGAAGAAGUGAGGCCAGGCGGACGGAUCUCCAUUUCAUCUGCGGGCAAGCAGCACACCAUGAUCAUCCGGGAGUGCCAGAACUCCGACGCCGGGGAGAUCGCCUUCAUCGCCGACGAGUGUAAAACGUCCACCAAGUUCACCGUAACCAUUUUAAGGAAACCGCCUUCCAAUGCCCCAACUAACCCCAUGGUGACAGAGAAAAUCGACACAUCCGUUAAAUUAGUCUGGUCCCCUCCCCCGAUGGAUCGACCAGUGCCCAUCGAUGGCUACACCGUAGAACGUAAGAAGCUGGGAGCCAUGACCUGGGUCAGGUGCCAUGACUCGGCCAACGUGCCCGUCCCAGAGUUCACAGUCACCCAUGUGCCAGAUGAAGGAAGCUUUCAGUUCCGUGUCAGUGCUAUCAACAGCUAUGGACAGAGCCCGUACCUGGAGUUCCCUGGAACGCUAUAUCUAGAACCCGUCCCGGCCGUCAAGCUUCCCCUGAGACCCGUUGAGGUCACUGUGGGUCAAGAAGCAACAUUCACUAUUGACCUCACCACCGUAUCCUCUGGCACUUGGACGAUAAAUGGUAAAGUUGUUGAAAACAGUGAACAGUAUCUGGUGAAACGGAUAAAGAACACCCACAUGCUGGUCAUCAAAGCUGUUGACCAACUGGAGGACCAAGCCGAAGUCAAAUUCACCUGUAAAGGCAUCGAGAACAGCACCAAACUUCAAGUGAAAGCUCUUCCCCAUUUCACAAACACAAAGAAGGCCAGCGAACUGAAGGUAAAUUCUGGGGAGCAGGUGGAGCUGGUUGCGGAGACUUCGGAGGAGAACACCAGGGUAGCGUGGUACAAAGAUGAGAAGGAGGUGAGACACUCCAAGAAGUUCCUCUGCGAAGCCUACCGAAAGCAAAACAAACUGGUCAUCACCUCUUUUAGGAAGGAAGAUGAAGGGACGUACAUAUGCAAAGUCGGCAAUGACAGCGUCACUUUCACCUUAAAAGUUACAGAACCGGAGCCGGUGUUCAGCAAUCUGGGCAAAGUACAGAAGGAAGUCCAUGUCAAACUGUCAGAGAAGGCCACCCUGAGCUGCGAGGUGUCCCAGGAGAAGACGGAGGUGAAGUGGUACAAGGAUGGGAAACUGAUCACCUCUAGCAAGAAACUGAAGGUGGAGACUGAGGGUAAAUCUCGGCGUCUGGUGGUGGAGCAGGUGGAGAAGAAAGACGCCGGAGAAUAUACCUGCGAGGCCGCCGGACAGAAGAUCAACUUCAAGAUCAACGUCAAAGAACCAGAGCCGGCCUUCACCAACUUGGACAAGGUGCAGAAAGAGGUCCAGGCUGUGUUAUCUGAGAAGGUCUCCCUGAGCUGUGAGGUGGCCCAGGAGAAGACGGAGGUGAAGUGGUACAGGGAAGGGAAACUGAUCACCUCCAGCAAGAAACUGAAGGUGGAGACUGAGGGUAAAUCUCGGCGCCUGGUGGUGGACCAAGUGGAGAAGAAGGAUGCCGGAGAAUAUACUUGCGAGGCCGCCGGACGGAAGAUCAACUUCAAGAUCAACGUCAAAGAACCAGAGCCAGCUUUCAUCCAUCAGGAAAAGGUCCAGAAAGAGGUCCACGCUAUCUUUUCAGAGAAGACCACCCUGAGCUGCGAGGUUUUCCAGGAGAAGACGGAGGUGAAGUGGUACAAGGAUGGGAAACUGAUCACCUCCAGCAAGAAACUGAAGCUGGAGUCUGAGGGUAAAUCUCGGCGCCUGGUGGUGGAGCAGGUGGAGAAGAAAGACGCCGGAGAAUAUACCUGCGAGGCCGCCGGACAAAAGAUCAACUUCAAGAUUACCGUCAAAGAACCAGAGCCAGCAUUUAUCAAUAUGGACAAGGUACAGAAAGAGGUUCAAGCUGUGCUGUCAGAGAAGGCCACCCUGAGCUGUGAGGUGUCCCAUGAGAAAAGAGAAGUGAAAUGGUACAAGGACGGGAAACUGAUCACCUCUAGCAAGAAACUGAAGGUGGAGUCUGAUGGUAAAUCUCUACGUCUGGUGGUGGAUCAGGUGGAGAAGAAAGACGCCGGAGAAUAUACCUGUGAGGCUGCCGGACAGAAGAUCAACUUCAACAUCAACGUCAAAGAACCAGAGCCAGCAUUUAUCCAUCAGGAAAAGGUCCAAAAAGAGGUCCAGGCUAUCUUGUCAGAGAAGGCCACCCUGAGCUGUGAUGUGGCCCAGGAGAAGACAGAGGUGAAGUGGUACAAGGAAGGGAAAAUAAUUACCUCCAGCAAGAAAGUGAGGGUAGAGUCUGAGGGCAAAUCUCGACAUCUGGUGGUGGAACAAGUGGAGAAGAAAGACGCUGGAGAGUAUACCUGCGAGGCUGCUGGCCAGAAGAUCAACUUCAAGAUCAAUGUCAAAGAACCAGAACCGGCAUUCACCAGCCUGGACAAGGUCCAGAAAGAGGUCCAGGUGGUGUUGUCAGAGAAGACCACCCUUAGCUGUGAGGUGGCCCAGGAGAAGACGGAGGUGAAAUGGUACAAAGAGGGCAAACUCAUCACCUCUAGCAAGAAAAUAAGGAUGGAGACUGAGGGUAAAUCUCGACGUCUGGUGGUGGAGCAGGUAGAGAAGAAAGACGCUGGAGAAUAUACCUGUGAGGCUGCUGGGCAGAAGAUCAACUUCAAGAUCAAUGUCAAAGAACCAGAGCCAGCAUUUAUCCAUCAGGAAAAGGUCCAAAAAGAAGUCCAAGCCAUCUUGUCAGAGAAGACCACCCUGAGCUGUGAUGUUGCCCAGGAGAAGACAGAGGUGAAGUGGUACAAGGAAGGGAAAAUAAUUACCUCCAGCAAGAAAGUGAGGGUGAAGUCUGAGGGCAAAUCUCGCCAUCUGGUGGUGGAACAAGUGGAGAAGAAAGACGCCGGAGAAUAUACCUGCGAGGCCGCUGGCCAGAAGAUCAACUUCAAGAUCAAUGUCAAAGAACCAGAACCGGCAUUCACCACCCUGGACAAGGUCCAGAAAGAGGUCCAGGUGGUGUUGUCAGAGAAGGCCACCCUGAGCUGUGAGGUGGCCCAGGAAAAGACGGAGGUGAAAUGGUACAAAGAGGGCAAACUCAUCACCUCUAGCAAGAAAAUAAGGGUGGAGACUGAGGGUAAAUCUCGACGUCUGGUGGUGGAACAAGUGGAGAAGAAAGAUGCCGGAGAAUAUACCUGCGAAGCCGCUAGCCAGAAGAUCAACUUUAAGAUCAAUGUCAAAGAACCAGAGCCAGCAUUUAUCCAUCAGGAAAAGGUCCAAAAAGAAGUCCAAGCCAUCUUGUCAGAGAAGACCACCCUGAGCUGUGAUGUUGCCCAGGAGAAGACAGAGGUGAAGUGGUACAAGGAAGGGAAAAUAAUUACCUCCAGCAAGAAAGUGAGGGUGGAGUCUGAGGGCAAAUCUCGCCAUCUGGUGGUGGAACAAGUGGAGAAGAAAGACGCCGGAGAAUAUACCUGCGAAGCCGCUGGCCAGAAGAUCAACUUCAAGAUCAAUGUCAAAGAACCAGAACCGGCAUUCACCAGCCUGGACAAGGUCCAGAAAGAUGUCCAGGCGGUGUUGUCAGAGAAGGCCACCCUAAGCUGUGAGGUGGCCCAGGAGAAGACGGAGGUGAAAUGGUACAAAGAGGGCAAACUCAUCACCUCUAGCAAGAAAAUAAGAGUGGAGACUGAGGGUAAAUCUCGACGUCUGGUGGUGGAGCAGGUGGAGAAGAAAGAUGCCGGAGAAUAUACCUGUGAGGUUGCCGGACAGAAGAUCAACUUCAAGAUCAGUAUCUUCUCAAUUUUCCCCUUAGAGCCAGAAGCCAAGUUCCAGAAACUCCCUGCACAGAAAGAGUCAAUUGUUGUCCAGGAACAUGAAGACAUAACAAUGGUGACCUCAGUUCAGCCUGAAAAUGUUCCAGUGAAAUGGUUUAAAGACGGAAUAGAAUUGUCCGCCUCCAAGAAGUACCAAAUAUCAGCAGAUGGUGCGUCCAGGGCACUGGUGGUGAAAUCAGCGGAGUCUAAGGACAGCGCCGUGUACUCCUGCCGCAUCAGCAGCGACAAGCAGGAAUUUAAAGUCCAGGUGAAAGAAAUCCCGGUAAAGUUCACAAAGAAGCUGGAAGCUGUGACCGGAGAGACCGGCUCUUCCAUCACCCUGACCUGCGAACUGGGACAGGAGAAGGGCGAUGUUGUCUGGAAGAGGAACGGAGACGAAAUCAAAGCCAGCAAACGCUUUCAGAUCCGGUCAGAUGGAACCAAGCGCAGCCUGACCAUCUCCCAACUGAAGGCUGAGGAUGGAGGAGAGUAUUCCUGCGAAUCCCGGGACGAUAAAACCAUCACACAACUCACCACCAAAGCUCCUCGUGUGGUGAAGUUUACAGCAGAACUGAAUAACGUGGUAGUGGAGGAAGGAGCAGAAGUCACAUUUAAGUGCACAUUGUCCCCAGAAGAUGCCGAGGUGACCUGGUACCGAAAUGGGGCCAAGAUAGAAAAGAGCAACAAGUACUCAUUCAGCAAGAAAGGGAUGGUGCAUACCCUGAUCAUCGCCAAGCUGACCCUGCAAGAUGCCGGCGAGAUCACGGCUGAGGCCGAAGGGGUGAAAACAAUGUCUAGCCUGAAGGUCCGAGAGGCCCCAGUCUUGUUUAAGAAGAAGUUGGAAACCAUCACGGUGGAGGAGAGGCAGACGGUCCACCUGGAAGCAGAGCUGACCAAACCAUCCAAAGAAGUGAAGUGGAUGAAAAGCGGCAUUGUGCUUCAGUCUGGCGAUAACAUUGAAAUUAAAUCCGAAGGAGCAAAACAGACCCUCAUUUUAAAGAACGUGGCAUAUGCUGACCGAGGGCUGUAUGGCUGCGAGACUCUGGAUGACAAGACGCAGGCCAAGCUUAAUGUAGAGAUGCGACAGGUGAAGCUGGUGAAAGGUCUCCGGGAUGUGGAGGUCCGUGAGAAUGACUCCACCACCUUCGAGGUGGAUCUCUCGCAUGAAGAUGUGGAAGGUUUCUGGGCCAAAGAUGGGCUAAGGCUAAAAGCCUCAGAUUGCUGCAAAAUAAUCGUCAAGGGCAAGAAGCAUGGGCUCAUCCUCUCCUCUGUAAAACAAGAGGACGCCGGAGCUGUCACCUUUAAAUCGGAGGGAAUUCAGACUUCUGCCAAGCUCAUUGUUAAAGAACCUCCAGUGAAGAUCAGCCAACCUCUCAAAGACAUCACUGUGGCAGAGAAGGACAAGGUGACGUUGGAGUGUGAGGUGUCCAGGGCUAAUGCCGAGGUGAAAUGGCUGAAGGAUGGACUUGAAUUACGACCCAGCAAAAAGGUCACAAUCAUCUCCCAAGGCAAAAAGAGAAACCUCACCAUCCACAAGUGCGAGUUUGAUGACAAGGGCACCUACGUCUGCGAUGCCGGGGACGACAAGACAACCGCCAUCCUAACUGUGAAAGCUCGGGAAAUCCAUUUCAUUAAGCCGUUGGUGGAUGUGGAGGUGGAGGAGAAGCAAUCGGCCUCGUUCCUCUGUCAGAUCUCUCACGAUGAUGUCCAGACUCAGUGGUACAGAAACGGUGUCAAGCUGAGGGCGGGAGAGAAUGUAAAGAUGCGUCAGGAAGGGAGGACCUAUUCUUUGAUCUUCAAAACUGUUCAGUCUGAAGAUGCCGGAGAAAUUAAAUUUGCGGCAGAAAAUGCAGAAUGUCAGGCCAAUCUGCUCAUCAAAGAACUUCCUGUCAAAAUCACCAAACCCCUGCGGGAUAAGAUUGCCAUAGAGAAGCAUAGGGCAUUCCUCGAGUGCCAAGUGUCCCGUGCCAACGCCAAGGUGAAGUGGUACAAGAAGGACAAACAGAUUCAGCCAGGCAAUCGAUACGAGAUUGUCAGCGAGGGCUUGUACCGGAAACUGAUCAUCAAUGAGGUGGAAUUCCCGGAUGAAGACACGUACACCUGUGACGCCGGGGAUGAUAAGACCUCCGCCCAGUUGCUGAUUGAAGAACAAUCUAUCAACAUUGUAAACGAACUGAGCGACGUAGAGGUGACACAACCCGAGAAGGCCACAUUUGAAUGCGUGACGUCUAUUGUGUCCAUCAAGCCAGCAAAAUGGAUUCUAGGCGGCGAAGUCCUUCAUGAUGGAAAAGACGUUGCGAUCGAGCAAGAAGGAACCGUCCACCGUCUGAUCUUUUGGAAAACGUCUCCAGAGAUGACUGGAGCAAUUCAAUUCCAUAUUGGAAAAUCCAAAUCGACUGCAAAUCUGGUGGUAAAAGAAAUACCUGUUCAGGUGUCACAAAAACUUGAAGACAAGACCGUCAACGAGCGUCAGACAUGCAUCUUGUCCUGCGAAUUCAAACCCCCUCCAAAGUUUGUGGAAUGGUACAGAGGGAAGACGGUCAUUGAGCCAUCGGAGAGGUACAAACUAAUGCAGGAGAAGAACCUGGCAGAGCUGAAAAUUGUAAGGGUGAGCCCUGAAGAUGCCGGUGUGUAUACCUGUAAAGCUGGAAGCACUGAGACUUCAGCAACACUUCACGUACAAGCUCGUGACGUGAAGGUCCUGAAGCCUCUGGCCAAUGUGGAAGUAGAUGAAGAGGGCAGCGCGGUCUUCUCUUGUGAGCUCUCUCAUGAUGAUGAAGAAGUGGAAUGGUUCCUGAACAACACCCUGCUGUACACAAACAACUACAAUGAUAUCAAGAAGAUCGGGUGCUGCCACACGCUGACACUAAAACAGGUGGCGGCCCAGGACUCUGGCACCGUGGCCUUGAAGACCGCAAAACUCUCGCUCAACGCAGAACUCAAAGUUAAAGAAAAGCCGGCAGUGUUCAUGAAAUCGUUGGAUGAUGCAGUGGGCGAUGAGCGAGGAAUGAUCACGUUAAAAUGCGAAGUCUCUAAACCCAACGUCACACCAGUCUGGAAGAAGGAUGACCAGGUCCUGCCGAAAGGAGACAAGUACCAACAGAUGCAGGCCGGGAAGACGGUCUCUCUUGUUAUCCACAACCUGAACAAGUCCGAUGCUGGACUGUACGUCUGUGACAUUGGAACUGAUGUAGCCAGGUCCAAAGUUGGAGUACAAGAACUCAAUAUCGGAAUCACAAAACGCCUCAAGGGCACUGAGGCGAAAGAAGGAGAGAGCUGUACGUUCGAGUGUGUCCUGUCUCACGAGAGUAUAGAUGAAUGCUACUGGACAGUAAACGGGCUGGAAGUGGAGAAUGACCAGAGGUUUGAGGUGUCCAAUAAGGGCCGGAAAUACUCGUUGAACAUCAAGGAGGUGAAAGCCAGUGAUGCCGGUGAUGUGGUCUUCACGGUCCGAAACUUAUCUUCCAAGGCCUUCUUAAGUGUCAAAGGAAAGCCAGCUGUUAUCACAAAGCCUCUUGAAGAUAAGACUGUUGGUGCUGGAGAAGACAUCAUCUUGAAGUGUGAGUUUUCUGCAGAAGAGACUAACAUUAAAUGGACCAAGGAUGGCAAAGUGGUAAAGAGAAGCCAGAAAUAUGAGAUCUUUCAAGAGGGGAUGGAGAGCAGACUGAUCAUCCAUGAAGCAUCAUCCAAAGAUGCCGGAGAAUACAUCUGUGAGACUGCUGAUUCCAAGACCAAAGCCGCCGUCCAGAUCACAGAAAAACCCAACCGAUUCACCAAAGAGAUCUCUGAGGUCAAGGCCGAGGAAGGGGAGGAGGCCGUAUUCACCUGUGAGACCGAGAAACAUGCUGCAACUGUAAAAUGGAGGAAAGGCAUUUCUGAACUCAAGCCCUCUAAGAAAUUCGAGAUGACUCAGAAAGGCAAUGUCCUCAGCCUGACUGUGAGCGACCUGGAGAAGAGUGACAGCGACACCUACAUAUGUGAUAUUGGGGAUGCCCAGACUAAGGCAACUCUCUCUGUGAAAGGCCACAAGGUUCUCGUAGUAGAAGAUCUUGAAGAUGUUGAAGUCUACGAAGGGGAAAUUGCAACUUUUAAAUGUAGAAUCUCUCCGGCAAAUUAUGGGAAAGUGCACUGGUUCCUGGAUAAAACCCCGUUACAUACCAACAAAAUCAAUGAAGUUCAGUCACUUCCGGGGGGCUACCACACGCUCUCGCUCAAGCAGCUGGGGGCCAAGGACUCUGGUGUGGUCACAUUUGAAGCUGGUGACCAAAAAUCAUCUGUAAAACUAUUAGUGAAAGAGAAACCUUCCAUCACCGAUUUGGAAGUGUCUCAGGGGGAAAGUGCAACAAUUACUUGCAGAACCUCAAAACCUAAUGAGUCUGUUUCCUGGUAUAAAGAUGGGAAAGUGGUUCGUAGUUCUUCAAAAUAUCAGAUAACUAGAUCCGGAUGUGAGAACACGCUGGUCAUAUGUGAUGUAACCAACAAAGACAGUGGCACAUAUGUCUGCGAACAAGGGACUGGCAAGAGUAGCACAGUUCUUGCUGUGAAGGAGGUUCAGGCUUACUUCAAGCGUGAAGUACAAAGUGCAGAGGUCGCGGAAGGUGAAACAGCGAUUCUUUUUUGCGAGCUGUCCAAUGAGAAAGCCCAGGUGCAGUGGAAGAAGGACAGCAAGCUGCUGACGUCCAGCAGCAAGUACAAGAUGAAGGCAAAAGACCGCAGGGUGGAGUUACUUGUCCAUAACCUGACCCAAGAAGACUCUGGAACCUACACCUGCGAAACCGGAGAGCUAAAAUCUUCUGCCACCUUAACAGUGAAAGCUGUUCAGGUCUUGUUCAAACGAGGCCUCCGCAACGAGAAGGCCAAAGAAGGCAGCACGGUGAAGCUACAUUGUGAACUCAGCAAGGCCGGAGCCCCCGUCAAAUGGACGAAGGAUGACCAGGUUUUGGUGAGUGGUGAGAAGUACCAAAUCAAGCAACAAGGCACCGUGGUGGAGCUUCUCAUCCUGAAUGCAAAACCAGAAGAUUCUGGUGACUACACGUGUGACACCGCAGAGCAGAGGAGCUCAUCCCAUGUGACUGUAACUGCGCUUCCCGUCCGCUUUAAGCAAGACCUGCAGGAUUGCGAGGCAGAAGAGGACUCAUCGGUCACUCUUUCCUGUGAAAUCACCAAGGCUGAUGCACACGUGGUCUGGAAGAAGGGCAUCACAGACCUUCAAGCCAAUGACAAGUAUGAGCUCAGACAAAAGGGAACCGUAGUGGAGCUUGUGAUUCAUCACGUAGGAGCAGAGGAUUCCGGAAGCUACACCUGUGAUACCGGAGACCAGCAGACUGCCGCACGGGUCAAGGUUCGGGAGCCUCCAGCCCACUUCACCCAGGAGCUCACCCACCAGCAGGCCACUGAAGGGGAAUCGGUGACUCUGUGCUGUGAACUCAACAAGCCCGACACUCAAGUAGAGUGGAAGAAGGAUGACAAAGUCGUAAAGCAAAGCAAGAAGUACAAGACACGUCAGGAAGGUUCCACGUCAGAGCUGGUUAUACGGGACCUGGUGCUGGACGACGCUGGAAAGUACUCUUGUAUCUGCGGGGACCAACAGACAACGGCUGCGGUGACAGUAACCGCUUUACCUCCGCUGUUCAAAGAAGAACUUACGGACGCAAAGGCUACAGAGGGGGAAAAGGCCGUCCUUCGAUGCGAGCUCACCAAACCCGACGCCACCAUAGAAUGGAGAAAAGAAGGCCAAGCUUUGAAAGCUGGCGCCAAGUACACCGUGAGGCAGGAAGGGCCCGUUGCCGAAUUAUUAAUUAACAGUCUUAACGAGAAUGAUGCCGGGAGUUACAUGUGUGUCUGUGGAGAUCGGAAAACCACAGCCACUUUGACUGUAAAGGCUCUUCCAAUCCUCUUUAAAGAAAAACUGGUGGACGCAGAAUCUAUGGAAGGAGAAAAUGUUACCCUCUGCUGUGAGCUCACGAAACCAGCCAACGCUGUUGUGUGGAAGAAAGGUCACAUGGCCUUGAAACAAAGCGAUAAAUACAUUAUGACCUUAAAAGACGCAGUCGCUGAACUGACCAUUCACGAUCUCGAUUUUAAAGAUGGAGGACAUUACAGCUGCUUAUGUGGAGAGCAGGAAACCACAGCAAACGUGAAAAUCAAUGCCAAGCCUGCGCUUUUCAAAGAAGAGUUGAAGAGAGAAGAAGGCAAGGAGGGUUCUUCGGUGACACUGCGUGGAGUGCUGACCAAACCUCCAGUGGUUAUUGAGUGGAGAAGAGGAGACAAGGUGCUCCGGCCAAGUCACAAGUAUGACAUGACACAGGAGGGGACAAUGGUAGAGCUCUUAAUACGAAAUCUGGAGCUAGAAGACACCGGAGAAUACACCUGUGUUUGCGGAGAGGAACACUCCACAGCUGUACUUUUAGUAAAUGCACUGCCCGUCCACUUCAAGCAUGGGCUGAAGGACGAGAGAGCAACAGAAGGUGAUAAAGUAAUCCUCCACUGUGAGCUUAGCAAACCUAACGUGCCCGUGCAGUGGGAAAAAGAUGACAAAGUUCUUCCUAAAUCGGAGAGGCAUGUCUUCAGACAAGAUGGCUUAGUGGCAGAGCUUGUCAUGAUAGAUGUCAAUGAAAAUGAUGCGGGAAUGUACAGCUGUGUCUGUGGAGACCAAAAAACAUCUUCUGUCUGUCUCAAUUUUGUGCUAGCUUUGCCACCAGAAUUUAAGGAGGAACUGAAAAGCCUUGAAGCCGUAGAAGGAAACUCUGUAACUUUGCACUGUGAGCUGACCAAACCGAAUGCUUCCCUCGAAUGGAGGAAAGGACAUAAAAUUAUCAAGUCAAGUGAAAAGUACAAGCUUGUGCAGGAGGGCCUUGUGGGAGAACUGGUUAUAAAUAAUUUGGACCAACAAGAUACCGGAAGAUACAUUUGCGUCUGUGGAGAUAAUCAGACCGCCGCAACAUUGACUGUGAAGGCUCUUCCUCCACAAUUUAAGGAAGAACUAGUGAACAAGGAAUGUGUUGAAGGUGAGUCGGUGACUCUGCACUGCGUGUUGACCAAGCCAAAAGCUUCUCUGGAGUGGAAGAAAGGCCAGAAGACACUUAAACCUGGAGAUAAAUAUAAAUUUGUCCAGCAAGGUCUUGUCGCUGAGCUGGUUAUUAGUCAACUGGAGCUGGAAGAUGCAGGAGACUACACGUGUGUGUGUGGAGAACACAAAACAACUGCUUCCGUAAAUGUCAAGGCUCUUCCUCCUCGAUUUAAAGAAGAGCUACAGAACAUAGAAAGCGCGGAGGGAGAAUCGGCGACCCUGCAUUGCGCGUUAACCAAACCAAAAGCUUCCCUGGAGUGGAGGAAAGGAGAGAAGACUCUGAAAGCAGGAGAUAAAUAUACAUUUGUCCAAGAAGGACUCAUCGCAGAGCUCAUUAUAAGUCGACUGGACCUGGAUGAUGCCGGCGAAUACGCGUGUGUUUGUGGAGACCAGCAGACAAAGGCGUUGCUCAGCGUGAAGGCUCUCCCCAUUGUCUUUGUGGAGGAAUUGAGAAAUGAAUUGGCAACUGAGGGGCAAACUGUCACCUUGCGCUGUGAGCUGAGUAAGGCCGGGGCCGCGGUGACGUGGAAGAAGAACAGUUCUAUGAUCCAAGCAAGUAACAAGUACGUCAUGAAGCAGGAAGGAGCAGUGGCGGAGCUGACAAUUCACCAUCUGGACUUGAAUGACGCUGGAGAUUACAUCGGCGUGUGUGGAGAACAGCAGACCACUGCGACAUUAUCAGUGCAGGAACUGCUCCCGCUAUUUGUAGAGGGAUUGAGAAACAAAGAAGUAGCAGAGGGCCAGGAAGCCAUUUUUCACUGCCAGCUCACCAAAGCCAACGCAAAGGUGGAGUGGAAGAAAGGACACCAGACCCUGAAACCGUGCGACAAAUACAAGAUGAGACUGCAGGGCGUCCGUGCUGAGCUCGUCAUCUCUAAUCUAGACCUGAAGGAUUCUGGAAACUACACCUGUCUGUGCGGGGAGGAGGCAACUACGGCGACCCUGACAGUAACCGAGUUGCCAGCCCGUUUUAGUAUGCAGUUGACCAACGCUGAAGCUACAGAAGGAGGAACGGGCGUCUUGCACUGUGAGGUGACCAAGAAGUCCGCCUCAGUGCAAUGGAAGAAGGGCGAGACUCUGCUGAGACCCAGCGACAAAUACGACAUGAGACAGAAAGGAGAUAGAGUAGAACUCCGGAUAAAUUAUCUCGAACUGACCGACGCUGACCAGUACGCCUGCAUAUGUGAGGACCAGAAGACAUCGGCCUCACUAAUAGUCAAUGCUCUACCAGUUGAUUUUAAAGAGCCUUUGAAAAAUGUCGAAGUUACGGAGGGCGAAGCGGCAUCUCUGCGCUGUGAGCUCAGUAAACCAAACCAUUCCGUAGAGUGGAAGAAGGGAACCGAUGAUCUGACCCAUGGGGAUCGGGUCAGCAUCAAACAGGAUGGCUUGGUGGCUGAGCUUAUCAUUCAUCCUGUUACCAUAGAGGACGCCGGGACCUAUAGCUGCAGACGUGGUGACAAGAUGACUACGGCAGUUUUGACCGUCAAUGCUAUUCCAAUAUUGUUUGAAGAGGAACUGAAAUCGGUUGAAGGCACAGAGGGGGAAAACGUCACCCUCCACUGCCGGCUGAACAAGUCGGACGUCUGCGUCGAGUGGCUGAAAGGAGACAAAGUUUUGAGGUCAGGCGACAAGUACGCAAUGCGGCAGAGCGGAAGCACGGUGGAGCUCACCAUCACUGACGUUGGUAUAGAGGACACCGGGGAGUAUACUUGUGUGUAUGGAGAUGUUCGGACAGCAGGACACCUACAAGUCCACGCUUUGCCUGUGACCUUCACCCAGCCGCUCCAGAAUGCUGAAGCUGAGGAAGAAGGCACCGUGACCCUGAGCUGUGAGGUCUCCAAGCCCGGGGCUGUGGUGGAGUGGAGGAAGGGUAGCCUGGGGCUACAGCCUGGUACCAAAUACGAGAUGCGGCAAAGGGAGAAGGUGCGGGAGCUACUGAUACAUCAUCUGAGGCUGGAGGACACGGGGGAGUACAGCUGUGAUUCUGGAGAUCAGGAUACCAAGGCCUACCUGACUGUGAAAGUCCUCCCAAUAGUGUUUAGCAAACCACUGAAGAAUACGGUUGUGGAAGACGGAGUCACGGUGACGCUCCGCUGCGAGACAUCCAAACCCAACGUUUCCCUGGAAUGGAGGAAAGGGUCUGUGGCUCUCUUCCCUUGCGCCAAGUACGAAAUGAGGCAAGAUGACACAGUAGCGGAGUUGGUCAUCUUCGACGCGGAAGGGCAAGAUGCAGGAGAUUACACCUGUGAUACAGGAGACCAACAGACCACCGCCAACAUCAAAGUCAACAUUCUCCAGUUUGUGAAGAAUUUGCAGAACAUGGAGGCUGAAGAAGGCUCAACUGCCCGCCUCCGCUGUGAGGUCUCUGCCAAGAUGGCCUCCGUGGAGUGGCGAAAAGGUGCCGAGAAACUACAGGCCAACCACAAGUAUGAGAUGAAGCAGGACGGCGCCGUGCGGGAGUUGAUUAUUCACGAUCUGGAGCUGGGAGACGCUGGGGAGUAUGUGUGCAUCGCUCGAAGCAAAAGAACUACAGCCACGCUAACUGUGAGAGAAUUGGACAUCACCAUUGUCCGUGGUCUCAAAGACCUCUCAGUCGUUGCCGGAGAGGACGCAGUGUUCAAGUGUGAAGUCUCCCACGCCAACGCAAAGGACGUGGAAUGGAUGUUGCAGGGCAUUACGCUGAUAACGAAUGAGAUGAAUGAGAUCUCAGUGGAGAGCGAGAAGGUCCAUGUGGUGAAACUGAGCAGUGUGACGCAGGAGGACACCGGUCCCGUGACCUUCAGAGUUGGUUCACACACAUCUAAAGCGGAGCUUGUGGUCAAAGCUCCUCUCCCGGUGAUUACAAGACAACUGUCUGAUGUGGGAGUGGAAGAGGACACCACGGUGGUUCUGGAGUGUGAGCUGUCCCAGCCCGGAGUGUCCCUGGUGUGGAAGAAGGGCACACAGCAGAUCAGUCAGAGUGCCAAAUACAAUAUGCUGGAUCGUGGCUCUAUCCAAGUCUUGCAGAUCUUCAAUGUAACACCUGCAGAUUCUGGUGUCUACACCUGUGAUAUUGGAAACCAACAGACAAAGGCCAAAGUCACUGUGACAGCACUCCCCGUGGACUUCACACGACACCUACAGAACGAGCAGGGAGAAGAGAACGGAUUAGUGACACUCAGAGCAGAGAUCUCCAAGCCUGGUGCCCCCGUACAGUGGAAGAAAGGUGGAACGGCCAUUAAAGCGAGUGCCAAGUAUGAAGUGAAGCAGUCUGGGCACGUGGUGGAACUUCAUAUACACAAGCUGCAGCAGUCCGAUGCAGCCGAAUACACAUGUGACACCGGUGACCAAAAAUCAGUGGCUGCAGUGUUUGUUAAAGAACCAGAACCUUAUAUACUAGAUCAGCUACAGAAGGUGUCAGUAGAGGAGGGAGAAGACGCCAUAUUCAAGUGUAAGGUGUCGAAGGAUAACGCCCCUAAUGUCCAGUGGUUUCUGGCCGGAGUUCCACUGCAGAACAAUGAGAUGAACGAGAUUUCUGUCCACAAGGGAAAGAUCCACACCAUGACCCUGAGGAAGGUCUCCCUGGAAGAUGCAGGCUUGGUCAGCUUCAAAGUCGGCCAGAACAGCACCGAAGCAGAACUAGAAGUUAAAGUCGUGGUGCUGACAAUUACAAAGCACCUGCAGCCAGCCGAGGCAGAGGAGCAGGGAAGCAUCACGCUGGACUGCGAGCUCUCCAAGACCAACGUGGCGGUGGAGUGGAGGAAAGGAUCUCAGGUGAUCAAACAUGGCGGAAGGUACGAGAUCACUGUGAAGGGAUUGGCUCAUAGUCUGCGUGUUAAGGACGUCGUGCUGGAGGACGCAGGUGAAUACAGCUGCACAGCAGGCAGCGAGAAAACCUCAGCCAAGCUACGAGUGAAAGCCCUGCCUGUAGUUUUCACACAAGAGCUCUGCAAUAUAGAACCGGAGGAGGGCGGAAUGGCGGUCCUACAGUGCCAGGUGUCCAAAGACGAAGCUCCUCUGGAGUGGAGGAAAGGAGCGCUGGUCCUACAGCCCAGUGAUAAGUAUGAGAUGAAGCAAAACGGCACUUUAGUUGAACUAGUGAUUCAUAACGUGGACAUGGAAGAUUGUGGCCAAUACGCCUGCAGCACGGAUUCCGCCCAGACUACCGCCUCCGUCUUCGUACAAGAGAGUAACGUAGACAUAGUGUGCGCAUUAAAGAACACAGAUGUCUUUGCGGGGGAGACGGCCACUUUCUCCUGCGAGCUGUCCAGUCCGUGCGCGCGGAAUGUUCAGUGGUGGCUGGACGGCUCGCCCCUCCAGAACAGCCCCGUGAAUGAGAUCUCUGUGCACGGAGGCACGGUCCACACCAUUACGCUAAAAAACCUGGGGACCAAUGACUCUGGCGUUGUCACCUUCAAAGCUGGCUCUCUCGUAUCUUCUGCUAAACUGUUAAUUAAAGAUCCAACUCUUGAGGUGGUCAGUCCAAUGAAUGACCUCAACAUUGAUGAAGAUGACACCGCAGAGUUCAUCUGCCAGUACUCUAGGCCAGUGCAGGCCACCUGGAAGAAAAACGAUGUAGCCGUAAAUUCGGACGGGAAGAGAAUCAUUGUCGAGCAGGAUUGGAAUGUGGCCAAGCUGACCGUUAAGUCCGUGGUUCCCGAGGACCGUGGUGUGUACGUGUGCGAGGCUGACGGCACUAGAGUUGUGGCAAUGCUCGAAGUCGAAGCCAAGAAUAAGAUCUUACAAGGUCUGGAGAACAUAGAUGCGGUAGAGGGUGGCGAAGCUCUUUUUGAGUGUUACUUGGCCAAACCAGAAUGCUACAACUUCAACUGGCUGGUAGAUGAUGAACCAGUAAAAACAACGGAGAACAUUGAGCUGGUGUUCUUUGAGAAUGGGCGCAGGCAUCUCCUCUUGCUGAAGAACCUCACUGCUGAGGACAGUUGCCGAGUCACAUUCAUGGCAGGAGAUGUGGCUUCAUCUGCUUUCCUCAGUGUUCGAGGUUGGCGCCUGGAAGUUGUGAAGCCUCCGGCUGACGCUGAGGUGACUGCUGGUGAAAAGGCGACAUUUACUUGUGUAUUAAGUGAAGCCGUGCCAGUAAAUGAAGUCUCUUGGUACUUUAACGGAUUGCCUAUUACGCCAGAUGAGAACUGGUCCAUGCACGUGGAGGGCAACCAGUACAGGCUAAUUCUUAAAGAUGCCCAACUACAUCAUUCCGGAGAAGUGGCUUUUGCUUCAAGAGAUGUAGUUGUGUCUGCCAAGUUGGUCUUUCUAGCCCUCCCCGAUCCCCCAGAAGAGCCGGAGAUUGUAAGUAAGACCAGCCGGUCCGUGACUCUGUCAUGGUUCACCCCUUUGAGUGAUGGGGGCUCCCCGAUUAUUGGAUACAAUGUUGAGAUGAAAUCGCCUGGUGGUGAUUGGCAGCAGUUCAACAUGAAGAUCAUUCAAAGUAUGGAAUAUGUUGCACAAAACCUGAAACAGGGAGAGCCCUAUCGUUUCCGAAUUUCCUCCGUAAACAAGCUGGGUGUUGGGGAACCGGUUCACUUACCUCAAACAGUCCAGCUAGAGCAUCUUGUGACAAUCAAACAACAGCUGGAAGAUAAAACUGCAAGGGAGGGCGAGAGUCUUCACCUGGAGUGUGAACUUUCCGAUGAAACACGUGACAUCACCUGGAUGAAGGAGAAUGAAGCGCUACAUCCGGGAAAGAAAUAUGAAAGCUUUUCUGAAGGCAAAAAACAGAUCCUAAUUAUUCAUAAUGUUUCUGAAAAUGACCAGGGCGCGUAUUCCUGUGUGACCUCAUCAGGGGUGAAAACCUCUGCAACCGUGUCUUUAGGAAUACGAUCCAUCACAGAGCUGAUCACAGUGCAGGAGGCCUUUAGUGUAGCCCACGAACAGUCUGGUCAUGGAGAUGCCGAUGAAGAGAGCACCCAGCCAAAUCUGCCCCCUGAAGCUGCACAAGAAGGCGAUCUCCAUUUAUUGUGGGAGGCAUUGGCUAAAAAGAGACGAAUGAGUAAAGAGCCGACUUUGGAUUCCAUCUCUGAGGUUCCAGAAGAAGAUUUUAAACACAAGAAGAAAGCUGACUUUUCAGGCUACACCUCUGAAGACGUAGCAAAAACCAGCGAGGCCGAUUUCUCUCAGACGAGUUCAGACGAUGAGUCCCGUGCUGGAACGCCAUCGCUCGUGUCCUAUCUUAAAAAGGCUGGCCAUUCCACUAUCACAUAUGGAUCUAAAGUUCAGACUGUAUCUACAAAAAAAUUUUUCAAGCACUUCGAGGCAGUCUCUUCUGAUGUAAAGGAGGUUAAGGCACCGGAACCUCCACAAGAACCUGAUACACUUGAGUUGUUGGAUGAUGAUCCUGAACUGGAGAAAGCAGCAACGAAAAUCCAGGCUGCCUUCAAGGGGUACAAAGCAAGGAAGGUCAUCAAGCUACAAGAAUGUCCUUUGUUUACAGAGACCUUCAAAGACCUCUCGGUUGAACCAGGUGGAACAGUUCAACUUGAGUGUGUGGCCAUCAGCAAUACUGACGUUACAGCUCGUUGGCUGAAAAAUGACAAAGAGAUUUCGGAUGGACGACAUUACCAUAUUGACAACUACAGUGAUGGCACCUGCUCUUUAAUCAUCACUGCUGUAGAGCUUCAGGACACCGGAACUUAUACAUGCGAAGCAUCAAACAAAUUUGGAGCCGUGUACCACAGUGCAAAGUUGGUGGUGGGGGGUGGCGUUCCAGAUGUCCCACAUAAGCCAAUACGCAUUCCAUCCAAGCGUAGUUCUACAGACAGUGAGACAGAGAGUACUUCAGGAAGUGAGUUGGACGAUGCCUUCCGAAAAGCAGGAAGGAGGCUGCACAAGAUCUUUAAAACAAAGUCUUCUUUUGAAAUAUCUGACGUGGAGGAAGAAAUCUUUGUGAGCGCUGAUGAGGGAGAAAUGCCUGUCAUUGACCACCAGACCUACCGAGAGGAUGACAGAUACAUCUACAUCAAAUUUGAAAUUAUGUCCGAGGCUACAGUAGCUGCCACGAGGUUCAGAGAAAUGUUUUUCGCCAUGGGCUUCCAAGUUAAGAUCGACAUUCUCGACCAAGGUCCGAAAAAGAUUGAGCUGAGGAUAAUGAAGAUAGAAACGGGUGCCACAGAACAGCAGCGCCUUCAGGCCAAGCAGCAGAUGACAUUAUUGACUUCAGACACAGCUCCCAUAUUUAUCACUGAUCUCCAAAACCAAGAGGUCUCGGAUGGCUACCCGGUCAGCUUUGACUGUGUUGUGAUCGGAAAGCCAAUGCCAACCGUGCGCUGGUUCAAAGAUGGGAAGGUGAUAGAGGAAGAUGACCAUUAUAUGAUCAACGAGGACCAGGAGGGCUGCCAGCAGCUCAUUAUAACGGCUGUGGUUCCCAAAGACAUGGGAGUGUACCGAUGCCUCGCUGAAAACAGGAUGGGGGUUGCUUCUACCAAGGCGGAGCUGAGAGUGGACUUGACCAGUUCUGACUAUGACACGGCAGAGGCGGCCACCGAAACCUCCUCCUACAUCAGCGCCCAAGGGUAUAUGUCCAGCAGGGAACAGGAAAGUAUAGAAUCAUCCACGGAACAGGAACAGCCCCCACAAAUACUGGAGGAACUCCGGGAUAGUCUGGUGGCACCGGGAACCCCGAUUGCCAAAUUCCAGAUUAAAGUGAAAGGAAUCCCGCGGCCCCGUGUCCACUGGUUUAAGGAUGGGCAGCCCAUCCACGCCUCCGACCGGCUACUAAUGGCGGAUAAGAAGAAGACACGCUCACUGGAAAUCCUCAAUGUGACCAAAGAAGAUGCCGGGGAAUAUUCUACGUACAUCAGCAAUUCUUCUGGCUCUGCGUACUCGUCUGCCAGGCUGACGGUUAAAGGACCCGGGGAACUUCAGAAGGAGAAAUCUUCGGAAGACGCCGGAGGUUUGGAAAAGCCGAUUCCCCCCAUGUUCCUGGAAAGGUUCACCAACAAAAAAGUGAAGAAGGGAGCCAGUAUCACGUUGUCUGUGAAGGUUGAAGGAAUCCCCAUCCCGACCAUCACCUGGUUGAGGGAAGAGUCUCCAGAAGAUGUUCUGUGGAUCAAGCUGGACACCCCAGGCUACAAGGUGGCCAGCUCCAACAGGCACCACAGCCUCAUCCUGCUGGACGUUGGCACCGAGCUCUCCGGAACGUACACUUGCAUCGCCACAAAUAAAGUCGGCCAGUCCAUCUGCACUGCGUCUGUUGAAGUCUUAGAUGAGAAAGAGGCGCAGCUCCUGGAGAAAGCUGAUAAAAUCGUCAUGGACGUAUUGAGGAGCGCCGUACCCGGGUAUGAUGAAGGGAAAGAGAAGGAAACCGGAGUAAUCGGAAUCACGGUGCAGCCCCCAGCAGCAGACGGUAUGCCGCCGAAGCAGCAGAUUUCCCUAUCAGACGUUGGAACUGAAGAGUUCUUCCAGAAGCUGACGACUCAAAUAACAGAAAUGGUUUCUGCCAAGAUCAGCCAAGCUUCUCUUCGAGUGCCUGGAAUGCCCGGUAUGGACAGUGACGAUGAAUCCAAGACGCCUUCUGCUUCUCCACGUCACGGCAGGUCCAGACCGUCCUCCGUUGCUGUUGAGUCUUCAUCAGAGUCAGAAGAUGGGGAUUCCAGAGGAGAGAUAUUCGACAUUUACAUGGUCACAGCUGACUACAACCCAAUAACAGUCGAGAAGGAAACCAUAACUCUGAAAGAGGGUCAGUAUGUGGAAGUCCUCGACUCUGCCCAUCCCCUGAAGUGGCUUGUCAGGACAAAACCAACCAAGAUAAGCGCCUCCCGACAGGGAUGGGUGUCACCUGCUUACUUAGAUAAGCGUUUGAAGCUUUCACCCGAAUGGGGAGCAGGAGAUGUCGUAGAAUUUUCAGGAGAAUCUAUUUCCGAAGAAGAUUAUAAAAAGAAAUUCAGCAUUCUUAUUCAAGAUCUAUUAGUCUCAGAGAAGGAAUAUGUCCAGGAUCUCCAGUUCCUGUCAACCCAUCACAUAAAUUACACAGAGACCUGUGUUGAAAUUCCUGAGGCAGUGGCCAAUCAGAAGACCAUUAUUUUCAGAAACAUUGGUGACAUUGGUGACUUCCAUGCCAGAACUUUCUUACAAGACCUUAAAAAUUGUGAUACAGAUGAUGACAUUGCCAUGUGCUUCAUCAGAAGUGAAGAAGAGUUUAAUAAGUACAUUAUGUACCUGGUGGGUCGUGUGCAGGCUGAGUCUGUCGUGGUCAAUGAUGCCAUUCAGGAGUUCUAUAAAAAAUAUACAGAGGACACUUUGACACUUGCCGACCCCUCCAAGCCUCCAGUGCCACCACUGCAACACUAUCUGGAACGUCCAAUCAGCAGAAUACACAGAUAUCAAAUCAUCCUGAAGGAUAUGAUCCGGAACAAGGCAAGGAACGGGAAGAACUGCGCGCUGCUGGAGCAGGCUUACGCCAUAGUGUCCGCACUUACACGCCGGGCGGAGAACUUCCUGCAUGUGUCACUGAUUGAGAACUACCCGGGUACCCUGGAGGCCCUAGGAGAACCUAUCCGCCAGGGUCACUUCAUCGUCUGGGAAGGCGCCCCAGGAGCCCGAAUGGCUUGGAAAGGACACAAUCGUCAUGUCUUCCUCUUCAAGAAUUAUCUCAUCAUCUGUAAACCAAAAAGAGACACCGGGACCGACACGUACAGCUAUGUCUUCAAGAACAUGAUGAAGUUGACGAACAUUGAUGUUAACGAUCAGGUUGAAGGCGACGAUAGGGCCUUUGAGAUAUGGCAUGAGCGAGAGGACUCGGUCCGCAAGUACCUCUUACAAGCCCGUACGGUCAUCAUCAAGAACUCAUGGGUGAAGGAGAUUACCGUCAUACAGCAGAGAUUCAGCCUGCCCCUGUGGAAUCCUCCACACUUCAUCGAAGUUCUGGCAGAUUGUACAGCAGAGCUGGGAGAAACUGUUAAACUGGCCUGCCGAGUCACCGGAACCCCGAAGCCUACUGUCACCUGGUACAAAGAUGGCCGUUCUGUGGAAGUGGAUCCACAUCACAUCAUCAUUGAAGACCCAGAUGGUUCCUGUACCCUCAUAUUGGACAAUAUGACCGGAGUAGACUCGGGACAGUACAUGUGCUUUGCUUCCAGUGCAGCCGGAAAUGCCAGCACGUUAGGGAAGAUCCUCAUUCAAGUUCCUCCAAGAUUUAUCAACAAGAUGCACAACUCUUACUUUGCGGAUGGUGAAGACGCUCGAAUCACAUGCACUAUUGAGGGAGCUCCUUACCCACAAAUACGGUGGUACAAGGAUGGCCAUCCACUACAAGAUUCCAAUAAGCACCAGACGUUUGGCGAGCCAAGAAGUGGAACCUUGGUCCUGGUGAUAAAGAAUGCCAGCAAGGAAGACAUUGGCUAUUAUGAUUGUGAGCUGGUGAACAAACUGGGGUCCUCACGUAGCGGAGCUGAACUAAAUGUUCACACGGCAGCAUCACUGGCCCAAGAGAGGAGGGGAGACCAGAUCAUCUCCAUAGAAGUCACUGAACAAGAGACUAAAGCGCCCAAGAAAACGGUUAUCAUAGAGGAAACUAUAACAACAGUGGUGAAAAGUCCAAGGAUGAGAAGAAGGGUGACACCUGGAAUGUCUCCAUCACGCCGAGUCUCUGGUCAGUCUCCAGUAAGAGCCCCUAGGUCAGAGGCCUCUACCCCAGAGCCCUUCUCUUUUCAAAGAGGCAAGACAUCCGUCUACAGAUCCGAGGCAGAAACCCGAAAGACAGUGGUGCCCACUCUCUUCAUAACAGAGCCAGAAGAUGACCGAGGGGCAACCGCCAGAUUAGAAGAGCAAACAUCCAGCAGAUGGGUCGAGGUUGAAGAAACUAUUGAAUUCCAAGUGAAAAAAUCUCCCAAACCACCCCGAAAAAGAGGAACUUCACCAGCAAAGCCUGAGAAGGAUGAAAGGGGGUCAAAGAAAUAUACUCAGUAUAGCUCGCGAUCAAGGGGUUUCCCUGGCAAUGACCCAAAUACAAACAACUCUAACAAUAAGCUGGUGGAGGAAGCCAAGGCAUCCUACAGCUUUUCCGAGGUUGAUAUGGAGUAUGACCUUUCUGAAGAAGCAGAGGACGAGGUUGAAGAACAGCUAAGUUCACAUUAUGCAGCAGAGGAGGAAGAUGUUGAAAUUUUAGACAGCACAGUCUCACAUGAGUCAGAACUUCCUACAUUUGAAAGAGAAUGUGUGGAAUUUAAAAUCUUUGAGAAGGAUGAAACAAAAGCCUCACCUGUGAAUCUUGGUACUGUAAAAGACAUAGAACAGGCAGCUGUUGAAGAAGAAGCACAUGAUUCAGACCAAACAAUAUCAUUGGACGUUGAAGAUGUCAUCGUGGAAGAGCCUGAAGAGCAAGAUAACGAAGAGCUAAAAAGCAGAGAUCAAAAAAUUCUGACUCGUGACGGUAAAGUUCUAACAUUAGAAGAUCUUGAGGAUUACGUUCCGGGUCAAGGAGAGACUUACGGAUGUGAUGAAAAUGUUUCAAACAUCACCGAGGACACGCCAUGCGAGAUCUCAGUCUUGCAGACUGAAAUCAACGAGCCAACUGUUGGCAAGCCCGUGUUGCUGAACGUAGGUAGGCCUGUUGUAGCGAAACAAAGGCAAAGUUUCUUCAGCAACAUGAAAGAAGGAAUUGGAAGCAUGUUCAUGACUGGCUCAAGAAUGGGUAGGAUGAAUGUGAUGGGAUCCUCAAAUGUUUCUUACCGUAUGAACCAAACCAGCAGUACUGGGGCAAGUGCCAGUUCUUCACCAACUGGUCUGUCAACAUUCAACAUCAAGCCUUCUUUCUGUACCGAGGUUCAACGCUCUGCAGACAAUGGCCAACCGAGCUUCAAGACAGAAGUUUCGACAAGAACCCUGAGUUACGGAACACUUGGAGAAACUGUAAUGCUACACAUAAGCAAAAAAGAUUCUUCUCAAAGCUAAACCAUUGAUGAUAUGAGGGGGAGAUUAAAA